AUGCGGUGCAAUGAUGGCCAAAAAGUGGACCUUGUCGUUUAUAUGUUAGAGUCCGAUGCUGAGCAUUGGUGGUGGAAUUGUGCUAGAGGAGAGUUUCUUAAUCUUCGCCAAGGAGGUAUGUCAGUUGCAGAGUAUGUAGCCAAAUUUGAAGCUCUAUCAAGGUACUCUCGCUAUCUUAGGGACAACCCACAAGACGAGUGGAAGGCAAUCAAAUUUGAGCAAGGACUGAGGCACGAGCUGCAAAGCUUUAUCAGAAUUCUAGAUAUUCGUGACUAUCCCACCUUGGUAAACAAGUCUAGGGUGGCUGAGCAAAAGAUGCAAGCGCUGGAAGCUGAGAAACCGAAGGAGAAGUUUAACCCUGUUGAAAAAAGAUGUUGCAAGAGUAAGGGGCAGGCUCGAUCUAGACCCCAAAACCAAGGGAUAGUCUUUACACUCCAAGGAGAAGAGGUGAAGGAGUCAGAUGGUUUGAUCAAAGGAGCGACACAUUCCUUUAUAUCUUUGUCUUGUGUGAAAGCCUUGCAAUUGACUAUUUCUUGUCUACCUUUUGACUUAUGCGUUACCACCCCUGCUGAAAAAAAUCUUACUACCUCCACUGCAUGCUUGAAUUCUACUAUUGUUUAUCAAAAUGUGCCUUAUAAUGUUGAUUUGAUUUGUUUACCUUUGUCUGGAUUAGAUGUUAUCCUAAGAAUGGAUUGGUUGUCGUCAAAUCAUACAGUUAUAAAUUAUUCUGAUAAAUCUAUCCUUGUUGCACCUCAACUUAGGGCUAUUGAUUCACCUCAUUCGUCCAAAUGUUUCGUGUCUGCUCUAGCUUGUCAUAGGUAUUUAGUUGAGGGAGCUCAAGGACACAUGCUCUUAUUUUCUUCUAAGGUAGAGGUUGAGGAUAAUUUAACCUUGAUGCCUGUAGUUGGUGAAUUUCUUGAUGUGUUCCCUAACGAUGUCUCUAGCUUACCACUGAAUAGAGAAUUAUAA